GAGAACAGUCAUGUACUUAAUUUCUCUCAUGCUCGCUGCAUCUAAAGGUUAUCAUUAAGACGUAUGUGCCCUGCAGAGCGGUUGCCGUUGAGAUCAUUUUACACUGGGGGAAAUAUUUGAUUAAAGUGUGCGGAUUUAAAGCAACUGAUAAAGACACGUCAAACCUGCAAAAAACAAAGUGCCCAAAGAGGACAGAAUUGUAGGAAAUUAAGGAUAAGAUGUCCCAUUUCGUCUGUCCCACCAUUCAGCAUUAUCUUCAGCUCAGAGCUCUGUUCCUUAAUUGAUUCCUUAUCAAGGACUCUUCAGGAGUGAUUGUAUACAAUGAUAAUCAAUCAACUUACUUUCCUCCUGCUGUUCUGCUUGCUGGGCUGCAGCAGUGCACUGAUCCGUCCGGUGCCUGGAAUUAGCAAAUCAGAUCGGGAUGGACAGACACUACACCGCACUAAACGAGGAUGGAUGUGGAAUAGUUUCUUUCUCUUAGAGGAAUGGACAGGAAAUGGAAAGCAAUAUGUCGGAAAGCUACACUCAGACAUGGAUACAGAAGAUGGCUCAGUGAAGUAUGUCCUCACAGGAGACGGGGCUGGAACUAUUUUUGAGAUUGAUGAGAAUUCCGGUGAUAUUCAUGCCACCCGAAGGCUAGACAGGGAAGAGAAAGCAUCAUACACCCUGAGUGCCAAAGCUGUCAACAAAACCUCUGGGCAGGAUUUGGAGAAGGGCUCGGAAUUUGUCAUCAAAAUCCACGACAUCAAUGACAAUGAGCCAAAGUUUUCCAAGGACAGUUAUGUGGCCAGUGUAUCAGAGAUGUCUAAUGUUGGUGCAUUUGUAAUGAGAGUUACUGCCACCGAUGCAGAUGAUGAAGCAUAUGGAAACAGCGCCAAGCUGGUUUACAGCAUACUGCAGGGCCAGCCAUAUUUCUCAAUUGAACCUGAGACUGGCGUCAUAAGGACGGCCCUUCCAAACAUGAUUCGAGAGAACCGCGAGCACUAUCAGGUGGUGAUUCAAGCUAAGGACAUGGCUGGACAGAUGGGCGGUCUCUCCGGGACCACUACAGUAAACAUCACCCUGAUGGAUGUCAACAACAGUCCUCCUCGAUUCCCCCACAGUACCUACCAUCUCUCCACUCCUGAAUCGGCCGAAAUCGGAUCGUUGGUUGGCCGGAUCAAAGCGUAUGACGCAGACUUUGGAGAGAAUGCGGAGAUGUGGUACUCUAUUCUGGAUGGCGAUGGGCAAGAUACGUUCAAUAUAAUCACAGACGGAAUGAGUCAAGAGGGGGUGAUAACGGUAAAGAAGCCAAUAGAUUACGAGAGUAAGAGGUUGUACUCGCUAAGGGUGCAGGUGACCAACACACAUAUAGAUCGACGCUUUGAGCAUCUGGGGCCGUUCAGCGACACAGCGAUGGUCAGAAUCACAGUCACGGAUGUGGACGAACCUCCGGUCUUCAGUCGGGCCAUGUACAUUUUUGACGUGGACGAAGACACCCCUGCUGGCAGCUCGAUUGGUACGGUAUCAGCCCGAGACCCUGAUAUGGCCAAUCACCUGGUCAAAUACACCAUUGAUCGCCACACAGACCUGGAGAGGCUGUUUAACAUCGAUUCCAACAAUGGGACCAUCAGCACACUGCAAGCUCUGGACAGAGAAACCUCCAAAUGGCACAACAUCUCAGUCCUGGCAACAGAACUUAGUACUGCCCUGCAAACCAGAGUGCCAGUGUUCAUCAAAGUACGAGACGUGAAUGACAAUGCUCCUGAGUUUGCCAUGUACUACGAGACCUUUGUCUGUGAGAAUGUCAAAGCCGGUCAGCUCAUCCAGACCAUAAGCGCUGUGGACACAGAUGAACCUCUUGUUGGUCACAAGUUUGUUUUCAGUCUCAGCACCAUCAAUCCAAACUUCACUAUUUUAGACAAUGAAGAUAACACAGCAAGGAUUUUAACACGCAGAGGUGGCUUCAAAAGAAGAGAGAUGAGCUCGUACCUGCUGCCUGUUGUUAUCUCAGACAAUGAUUACCCAAUCCAGAGCAGCACCAGCACGCUGACAGUCAGGGUCUGCGCCUGCGACAGCCGUGGGAAUGUGCAGACGUGCAGUACGGAAGCCCUGCUUCUCUCAGCCGGACUUAGCACUGGAGCUCUGGUGGCCAUUCUACUCUGCAUUAUAAUACUACUGUUGAUUGUGGUAUUGUUUGCGGCCUUGCGGCGACAAAAGAAAAAGGAGCCUCUGAUCAUUUCGAAAGAAGACGUGAGGGAUAACGUGGUGAGCUAUAACGAUGAGGGUGGUGGAGAGGAGGACACACAAGCGUUUGACAUCGGAACUCUUCGCAACCCCGAGGUCAUCGAUACCAACAAACUUCGCAGGGAUAUAAUACCUGAAAUGCUUUUUCCAUUCCGUCGCACAUCUCCUAUCAAAGACAACACAGAUGUGAGAGACUUCAUCAACGGACGACUGCAAGAGAACGACUCGGAUCCCACAGCACCCCCAUAUGACUCCUUGGCUACGUAUGCCUAUGAAGGCAAUGGCUCUUUGGCGGAGUCUCUGAGCUCUUUGGAAUCAGCUGCCACCGAGGGUGACCAGGAGUUUGAUUAUCUGAGUCACUGGGGUCCACAGUUCAAAAAACUGGCAGAUAUGUAUAUAGGGCAAGAGUCCCAUAGAGAGACUUAAAGAGGAUUAUGCCACACAGCACACUUAAAUAUACUGUACUGUAUCUCAGAGCACUAAAUUAAUGUAUACAUGCUGAAGUAUCCACCCUUCGAUCUCUGCUGUGUAAUGCAUAUAGAAUCAGCGAAGACUUGAACAUCACGCUCAGCAACUGGGAGCUCUUCACAUAGACAUAGAGUGCAAUGGCGCCCAUCCACUUUUUUCAGUAUUUUCCCCAUUCAUUUUCUCCAAAAAAAAAUAAAUAAAAAAAAAUAAAUAAAUAAAAAAAUAAAAUAAAUAAAUAAACAAUAAAAAAACUAAAAACUUAAAGAGUUCUAAGUCAUAAACUAAAUCAACCAGCUCGGAUAUAAAUCAUAAAAUUAUAUGUACUGUAAAUCUAAAAAAAAUAAAAAAAUAAAAAAAUACAAAGGAAAAAGACUGAAAAAAUUUAUGAGGACAUAAAACAUGAUGGAAAUGAUGGCACAAUAUAAAAUUAUUGACUUAUAGUUAAAGAGUUUACAUAAGAAAAACAAUAUUUAUUAAUUGAUUUAUUUACUCAAGUAAAAAAAAAAAAAAGGCCAAAAAUCAAAACAAAAAACAAAAGGUUAAAUUGAGUUUAUAGCACAAUGCUCAAAUAUUACUCAACUACUCAAAUUCACUGGAAAUUUGGCCUUUUAUCUUUCUUUUCUUUUUUUUUUUUUUUUUUUUUUUUUAAAUCAAAGAUUUUUGGUAUCUGUCUUCUCUUAAAGGGAUAAUUCACUCCAAAAAUCAAAACGUUGACAUCAUUUACUCAUGUUAUUACAAACCUAUGUGACUUUCUUUCUUACUUGGAACACAAAAGGAAUUAGGCAGAAUGUUAGCCUCAGUCACCAUCCACUUCCAUUGUAUUAAAGGGGUCACGAAAUGCUAUUUUUUAAAUAAUUUUAUAAUCUACCCUGAGGUCCACUGAUAUUGUCAGUAAAGUUUUUUGCACCAAAAGUGUCAUAGUUUAAUAAUAAGUGAUCAUUUCCCACCCUGUCUCUGGCCCUCUGACUGAAACGCUAGGUUUUGGCCACAGUGUCUCCUUUAAACUUCAAUGUAAACACCCACUGUUCUAAUUGGCUAACAUCGUGCAGCCCCUCAGAUUCAGCCAUAUUUGAAACUCAAUUGGAAGAGAAUAAACAAGCUCUCCACAACAUUAUAAAACUCAAUUUCAGGGUUUACACAUAACACACAUCCAACACGUUGCAUCUGAAUAUAUAAAAAUGUUCACUCAAGCACAUCAGCACCAUCAAACAGUCAUGACAUAUGAAAUAUUCAUGAAUUAAAUUGUUUGCUCAUGAUUUUGCAGUCAAGUCCAAGUGUUUUUAACGGACCCAUUCUUCUUCAAUGACAGUCCCUUUGCAACACUUGAAUAUAUUAUGACUGGUUCACAAGCAGUCCAUGCUGAUAUUCGCACAUACACAGUCCAUAGCAUGGUAAAACAUGACAAACACACAUUGGUGCACUGAGGUACAGAUUGCCAGAAAAGCAUCCAAAUGGUCAAAGACGUCCAGCUAGUGCUUGUUUAUAUACACAAUUAAAAAUAGCACAGAUGGGAGCAAGAACAGCAAGCAGAGCAGCUGAAUGAAACUGAAUGGCAUCUCAGUUUCUGAAUUGUAACUUGAUACCGUGUCUUUUAAAAGCAGCACGAUAAACAUGACAACAGUCAAAGACAUCUGUGUAAUGCAUGUGUCAUAUGCACAAAAAUCAGAAUAGUCCAGAUGGGUCCCCUUUGGUGUUUAGAAAUAGUUGGCCUAUCUCUCUCCCUCUCUGUUUACAAUAUGAACUGAAUGCUAGUGGGUGGGGCCAAGGGUGCGAUGACACGUUGUGGGGUGUGUAAAUACAAUUGAGCAAUGUCUUGUGACGUCACAAACACACAGUUUUCAAAACUAGAAUUUUCAAACCGGUGGGAACUAUAAAUGCUAUUUUUAGACUGGGGAGGAAGAUUUGAGUUCUGAAAUGUACAGUACGUUUUAAUAGUACAGUCUAAAUAUUAAGGGAAAUUUGAUUUUCCAUUUUCAUUACCCCUUUAAAAAAAUAAAAUAAUGAUUUUCCUUUUUUUUUAAAGAUUCAAUGGAAGUAAAUGGAGACUGUGAUGUUAACAUUCUGCCUUUUGUGCUCCAUGGAAGAAAGAAAGUCUUGUACGUUAUCAUUAAAAAUCAAUUUCUCAAUGGAGAAAAUGAAUGGGAUUUUUACUUCUGGAACCCUAUUCUUGCGCUCUUUUCUCUUUCCCUGCUCUUUCCCUUUUUGUCUUCUUUAAAUUUGUCCUCUUCUUCUGGUCUUUCUUGCUUUCUUUCCCCCUCAAAAGAAUCAUUAAAGAUGCCUUUUAAGAUUAAGGAUUUGUUGUAAUCAAUGGUGUGGAUAAUGUGUUUUAUAACCAAGGUGAGUGAUAGUAGCUUUCUACACUAUCGAUGUUUAUGGCAAAAAAAAAAAAAAAAAAAAAAAAAAAAAAAACAGAAGAAAAUUGUGAAAAAAAAAAAAAAAAGCUUAGAUUUUAUUGCAGACCAAGUCUAAAAUAGGUGCAGUAUGUGUAUAAUAAGUAUGAUCAUUAUGUAAACUACUUGAUAUCUCUGUUUAAGAGGCAGUUUUCCUGUGGAAGGUUUAUAUGAGUUCUGUCAAACUGUGGAUUCAUUUCAGCACAUAGAGUUAAACACUGUAAAAUGACGUGUGUACUUGUAGAAUAUAGGUCAUUUUGUUCAUGUUGUUUGAAUGCUGU